AUGGUCAUCCUCAGAUCUCUAUAUCGGCAAAGGAAAGAAUUAGCUGACCAGAUACCCAGCUCUUCGGCAGCGUCGACUCCGCCGUCAUCCAGGCCGCGGCGCGCCGGCCAGCCAACUGCUGCUAAUGCGCCUACCUCCUCAGCCUCGGUGCAGCGAGGAGUUGGCACCUCAGACGACCGACGACACAGUCUAAAACUGACUGUCAAGGCUCCCCCAAGCAAAUUACGAGAAGUCAUGCGUGCCAAUGAAGUCGAAGCACUCCAGGAUACCCUUGGUGGCGGGCAAGUACUAGACUCACCACGGUCCAGUCGCCGGUCAGCUAUAGCUGCACGAACUAGCACACGCGCCCCUCAAAGACCGACUUAUGCCGAAUUCGGUGAGAGCGACAUCGAAGACGACGAAGAUGAAGACGCGGAACAGGAUGAGGACGAGGAAGAUGAGGAGGAAGUGGAAGAAGAAGAGGCGAUGAAUGACUUCGACCAGCUCGGUGCCGAACCUGAGGGAGGAACGGAUGACGAAGAUGUCGAGAUGGAGGAUGCGCCUCCGCCAAAGCGCCACGUUCCGCCCAAGCCUCCCAAGAUCACAUUGAAGCCACCUGCAGCAAAGCCAAAUGGCAAACAAAUUGGAAAGCCGAAGUUGAUUGUCACACCUGCCAAGGUUGGGCCUCUCAAGUCUGUCGAAGACCAAGAGAUGGAAGACGACCCAGGUGAUGACGAGGUUGACGAUUCCUCUGACUUGUCAGACGCAGAAGGCGAUACGACAGCCAACGUCAAUGACGAAGAUGAGGAAGACGCUGAAGGGGAGGAAGAGGAGAUGGAGAUGCAGGAGGGCAUCGCGGUGGGCGAAGACGAGGAAGUGGAAGAAGAUGAUGAUGCAGAUGACGAUGAUCUCGAGGAUAGCAGCGAUGACACACCGGGUUCAGGCAGUGCGACUCCUGAUCUGGCUAAGUUGACUAAGAGGCAGCGAGGUCGACCGGAGGAUCAAGGCACCCUACUGGCACUUGAUAUGGCACCACAACAACGCAAGUUCUUCACCGACGCAGAGAAGGCAAUGAAGAAGGAUGAGCAUGCCAGAAAGAGGAAAGAAUUGACGAAGCGCAAAGUGCAGGAGGAGAAAACGGCUGCUCUCAACCGUCUGCUCAAACCACAAGUAUCCAAAACAAGAGGAGCGGCUCCAAAGCCAGAGACUCUGGCGGCGGCCGCAGCUGCAGCAACCGGUUCACCGUACGAAGAGGAAGAAUGGGUGCCCAAGGCCAAUCCAAUAUAUACUAGAUGGACUAGUUCGAAAGAGGGUAUCAAGUUCGGAGUUCCAGAAGAAUGGUUAGGCAAGAGGGUCGGACAAUACUUUGGGGCACCCUUGUCAUCAAACAACUCUCUCGUGCAGGAAGUUGAGUAA